AUGGCCAAGCCAUCUUCUCUUUGGGAAGGCGAUGGGAAAACAAAGCCUUACCUUGACGAGGUCAAGCCCGACUCCAAGGAAUGGAAGGGUAUCGAGGACCACUUAUGGCACUUGGGUGGCUCAGAGGUGCAAGGCUUAGAGAUUCUGAAGAUCGAGCGGAACGAAAACUGGCACCUCUUCUCUCAAUACCGCAGCUACCGCAAUGGGCUUGAUGACGAGGGGAAUGAGAAGUACUUGUUCCACGGCAGCCCAUCUGCCACCCAUGAGAUCAUGGAUGAAGGGAAAGGUCUCGAUACUGCAUAUGCAAGCCAGGAGUUCAACGUGUACGGUGUGGGCAACUACUUCGCCCCCGACCUGCGGCUCUCGCUGUCUUUCAUCCGGGCCCAACCUGGGCAAGCCCGGGAAAUUCUUUUGUGCCGAGUGGCUUGUGGAAGAGUUGGAGAGCGAGACCGGGUGGCCCCACAGGGUGCUUCACGGCAACAGUGGAGAGGUGCCUUGAUACUGACGCAAAACGAGCUCGCCCCAGAGGGUUGCCAGUCGGCCACUUCAAGACACCGGAAAGAGCUGGUGGUCUACAAGCAGAAUCAUGCCUAUCCAGCAUACAGGAUCACCCUCCGCUACACAGAUGAUCCGCGCGAUCCAUACGAGUCUCCAUCAUUAUUCAACGAGCUACGAGUGCUUGAAGACAUCCCGGCGGCACUCGAGAAGAUACUCGGGCUACCCAGCGCAAAGCAGCUCAAGCAUCCCAAGGCCGCUUUCGGCUCCUGGCCAGGCUGCAAGGCCAAGCCCAAGCCAGACUCUAACAGCGCAGACCUUGCAGCAGUUGCAGUCUUCUUUGCAGCAGCCAAGGCGCCGAUCAAUGAGAUACACAUCAAACAACGGGGACAACUAUCACGUAGAAGUUCAACAAUUGCCGGGAUCAAGUUUGAUGAUCUCCAUAAACAGUGCUUCUUCUGGUAG